CGCUCUUUCACAAGCCACGACAACUCCUUCAUCCACUCAACCUGUAUCACAUCGUCUCUUGGGUACACUAUAGAGAGGAAGUGAACGACACGCACGAGCAUGGGCCAAACUCGCGUAUACCCACGCGACUCACCUCCCUCUGCAGUGCGCGGAUGGCUCAGACGGCUACGCGGACUAAUCACUUUCAACAGGCGCGUCUCGCAUGAAGGCAAAAAUGAGAUUCACGACGCGCAUGUCUAUCGUGAAUAUAAACGUGAUCGUAAGCGCGGAAGAGGCUACGAACAGGACGGGGUGUACCGUCCUGAGAGACGGCACCCGUUCUUGCAUUUUCCGCGUCGGUGCAGGCCUCCGUAUCAUGGUGCGCAUUUCAGGCUAUGGGGUUUCCUAACUCGUCGAAGGGAACACCUCGCCCGCGGACUCUCAAUGCACGAUGAAGCAGAACGCGAACGUCGUCGCGAGAGACGCAGGCGUCAACGCAGACUAGCAGAAGAAGGUAUGGCAAUCCGUCUAGGUGCAAAAACCAUCUUGCACGGUAGAAGUUCACGUCGUCAUCAUCACCACUCCUCUCGUCAUUCCCGUUCUCAUCAUCACCGCGGAGAAGGCUUCACGCCUAUCGUCACGACGGCUUCGAAUGUCGGACACGAGGCGUACAGUAUGCCUAUCGUGCGCACUACGAGCACGCAUGGACACCAUAGACAUCACAGCAGCAACGGUGGCGGGGUGCCUCUCAUGCGUACCCUCAGCUCACACCACCACGGACAUCAUCGUAGCGGGAGCGUCACCCCCGUCGCACACGUCGCGCCUUCCGGAUACGUGACUACAAAUAGCGCUCCCAUUUCACGUGCGGCAAGCUCUCGUCAUGGUUAUGUCGACGAACGUGUUAUCCCUGUCGUGCGUUCCUCGAGUCGGCAUGGGAGCAGUCGAUAUGGUGACGUUAUGGCUGGAUCUGGUGUUGCGAGGACGAGCAGCUCGAGGCAUGGGCAUCGUUAUCAUGGACAUAGUCGUUCGCCGACGGAGAUGUACGUCCCGGCGUAGACGCGAUUUCCAACGCAAAAGCUUCAUAUGGUCUUGGCUUGACGAUUUACGAUUUACGGCUCUUUUGUUUUUCCUAUGUUAUCCGGUUUUCUUUUGGUUGCGAUUUCUAACCCGACUGUAUGAUGUCUUUAACUUUGGAAACGUUUUGUCCGGUUGUUUUUAUUCUGAAUUUUUAGAUGAGCUAACAGCUAUUUGUUGUACUUCCACGAUGUUUUUAUUACAGUAACG